GACUCAGCAAUUCGUGAGCUCUUUGGACCACCACCGGCCGAUAUUGACCUCACUGCAAGCGCCGUAGCCGUCAAUAAUGCGGCUGUUAUUGCGAUGCUUGCUCUAGCGGCGGUAGCGGUGCUCCUCCGAUUCACCGCGCGACUGGUUUUGCGAAAUGCUCUCAUGGCAGAUGACUGGGCCAUCGCCGCUGCUCUGCUCUGCAUAAGUGCCACAACUGCGUUGAGUAUUGCAGGAGGUACUAGCGGCGCUGGGAAGCACAUCUGGAGUGUCACUCUCGAAGAACUGAUGCACCUGUAUCGGCUCUUAUUUUCAUACACCUUCAUCUACGCCUCGUCGUGUACCUGUACCCGACUCUCGAUUCUCUUCUUCUACCGGAGGGUAUUCUCGCCUCUGAAACCACUGUUAAAAGUCGCGUUAUUCUUUGGCACCUCCAUGACACUGUCCUACCCGAUCAUUGUCUGGGUGACCAUGAGUAACGCAUGCAAGCCUCUCCCAUACUUUUGGACCCAAUUCAGCGGAACAAGCGGGCGCUGCAUCGACGUCGACCGAUUCUUCCUGGCCGCCGGCAUCCUCAACAUGCUGAAUGACUUCAUCGUCUUGGUCAUCCCUUUUCCCCGGAUCGUGAAGCUGCAAAUGAGUGUUGAAAAGAAAUUGGCGAUCAGUGGGAUUAUGGCCGUGGGUAUUUUUGUUUGUGUUGCCAGCAUCAUUCGCAUUUGGUAUCUGUCAGUCUUCAUGAGUUCGGUGGAUCUGACCUGGCUGAUGGGCCCGGUAUUUAUCUGGUCAAGCAUCGAGCCAACGGUGGCGGUCUUCUGUGCCUGCAUGCCUCAUCUCGCACCCCUUGCCCGGCUUGCUCACCAGUCAAUCUCGUCGAGUUCCCAUUCUCGAAGAUCUAACACGGAUUCGGCCGGGCCAUCGCGAAAUGUUGCAAGUGGAAUUAAUCUGAAAGGCACUCGGUUCAAUCCACAAGGACCAAGGUUUGACUUUGGGUUUGAGCAGCUGAGGAAAACGGCCAACGAUGAUGAGAUCGGCUUGACAAAUUAUGUCACAACUGGACGUAAAGUGGGCCAAGAUUCUUC